AUGGCGCCAACACCGCAAUGUUCUCCCAACACUCUUUGCUCAUCGACGACCAUGGCGGAGAAGGACGCCCUCCCAGAGCUCACCGGCACAUCCGGCCAAUCUUCCACGCAGUCUGACCUCAAGGACGCCCACGUUUCCACCGACAGCAAGGUCCCAGACACCGAGAAUGCUGCUGCACCACAACCACAACAACAACAAGUGCCAGACGGCCCUCCGCCACCAUUCGCACCCUACGAGCCCGAGUUCUUCCUCUCCAGCCACGGAGACGUCAUCUCCCACGAUCAUCACCUCAACGAAGACGGCGAAGCCCUCUACCGCUUCCUCCUCGACCAAUGCAAGAAGCCACCCGUAUACACCCUCUCCAUCAACGGCACACACAAGGAACGCCGCACCCGCACCGUCACCCGCACCGUCAACGGCACACACCAGACCCGCGUUGAGCACUACACCGUCACCAUCACCGACUUUGACUUUUCCAUCGACCUUACCGACUACAUCACCGUCGGCCCUGCGUACUGGACCUACCCCGACGAGACGCCGGCGUACCGCGGGUUGCCAGUGCGCCAGGUCGACUCUGCGCCGGCGGUUAAUGCCAAUGCGGAUGUAGAGAAGGCCGGAGGGAAGCUGAAGAUAGCUGGGAGGAGGAAGGCGACGAAAGAUGAGAUCAAGGCGUUCAAGGUCGACGAGCACGCCCACAUAAACGAGGGCAUCCCGCCUUGGGAGAACCUCGAUCGCACGACACGCUGCAAGAUGCAGGCAUCGAGCAAGACCCUGCGCGAGUGGGCAGACGAGUACGCCGCCAGCCCCAAGCUCCUCAAGGAGUUUCUCUUCGAAAAGUCCCUCUACGGCUGGAACACCACCAAACUCCAAUCCGCCAUCACAUCCUCCAUCCACAGCACCUCCUACACCGGCACCAUCUCCGCCUCCUUCCUCCCCUCCCUCUCCCGCAUCGCCAUCCGCCCCGACAACCGCCUCUCCCGUACCCUCUCCCGCACACUAUACAAGGUCCUCCUCUGGAUCUUCCUCAUCUACCCGUUCAUCUGGCUGUUCAAGCGCUUCUCUUCGCGCGGCGGGGGGAAGUGGGAGGUGGGCGGUGCGGCGUAUGGACUGGUGUGUUGUGAGCCGGUGCAAGAGGGGGAGGAUUUGAGUGGGUAUAGGAGGGAGGGGAGCUGGGAGGGCGAGGGGGUGACAAGGGAGCCGAGGAUCGUGGUGGGCGCGGAUGGGGUACGGAAGAAGCUGAUUGGGCUGAGGGAGGGCGAGUGGUUCAGGGAGUGGGAGCAGGUGAUCAAGAGGUGCGCGAAGAUGAGGCUGCAGCGCGACGAGCCGCUCAGGAGCGUGAGGGAUGGACCUGCGGACCCGGCGAAUCAGCUUGAGGGGUAUGCAGUAGGUGCGUUGGAGGGGUAUUGA